AUGAAGCCCCACCGCGCUCGCAGAUUCCUCCGGAAGGUAUUGGAGUUUUUCCAUUUAUCCUCUUCCUCCAAGCGUGAAGUCAAAGCCCACAACAAUGCUAAGCUGUGGUGUGUUGCUACCACUACCACCGCACCUCCUCUUCAGAGCAUUUGUGCUAGCCGGGGAUGUGGCCAGGUUGAAGUUGAUGGCCAAGUUGAUGAUCCUCCCCAGUAUACCUUUAGGGAUGAUCCCCUUGAAAAGCCAGUCUCCACCCGCAGCCAACUGGAGUGUCGCAUCGUGAAACUCUGGAAGAAAGUCUGGCUAGGCCUUUACCAGAUCGAUGACGACGAGGAUCGAUAUCACGUCGAGCGACUCGAGGCACCUUCUCUCGGGGCCGGCUUAAUUCGCACAUACCGAGCUGGCGAGCUUCAAGUUCUCAGGCGGCAUUUUCUUCGCAGCGAGACCAACAAUGGCAUUGCUUCGCUGAAGCUUUUCCAUGGUCUGUCUCUUUCGACUCUCCUAUCUGUGAUUCACAUUUUGGAGGCGUAUGAAAGUGAAAUUGAGAACAUGAGGCUGCUCUAUUCCAUCUUGCGAAGUAGUCAGCUUGCACUGCAUGAAACUGCUGACCUUGCUCAGACUGCGGUUGUCAGAACUGAGUACAUGGCAAUUGCGGAGCCGAUGGAGAAGCGUAUCAGACAAUACGAUAUUCGAAUGAAUGUGGUGAAUAUGGACAUCUGUGAUGAGGCAAUGGGUUUCUAUCAACGACAAAAGGGUGAAUAUAUUUAUCACAAGGCAUUCCCGCAUGCGUGGUAA